AGUUCAUACCCAGCAGAUAGGCCUCUGCAAUAGUGGAAAUUGAGGAGUAUGUAAUUUGUCCAGAUCUAUUCGAGGGAAGAUUCGAUGGAACAGAUAAACGUUCGUAAAUAGCUAACAGUUAGUCUGGCAUACGUUAACUAGCAACCCAGUCACCUUCAGCUAAGGAGGAAUAUAUUGCAAAAUGCAUACAUAUAUACAUCACAUUAAAUACGCAAACGGUUGGCGAAAAUCAAGAAGGGUACAAUUAAGUUAGACUAAGUGUGAUCGGUUGAUUUAAGUGAGGACAAUACGCAGCCGCAGUUGUAGUACGGAGGUUUCUAAGGGAGACAUAUGGAAAGAAACUUCCUGUACACGUUGCUAUGACAACCGACUCUGUCAACCAUUGAGGACAGCAAGUGAGCUGCCGAGAAGACUUUAACAAUAAUCCAUCGGUUUAAACGGUGACCCAGGAUGCAUGUCUACAUCAGAAAAGGCCCCACGGACAUCCCUGAGCCCUCUGAGAAGGGUGGAAGUGAUGACGAAGAAGACACGUAUCUGAAGGAUCCUGACCUGCAGCAGGACCAGCUUCCUCAGCCUUUCCGCAUGAUUGACAAGGUUCUUAACAGGCUGGUUGACAGGGCUUGGGAGAUCAUCUCAGACAGAGAGGCAAGUCGAAUAGCUGAGCAGUCUAAGAAGAAAAUCCCGGUUUUGGAGGCUACUGGAGAAGUGAAGCUUCCACGGAGAACUAACUGCCUGUCGUGCUCAGAGGAUGGAAAAUAUGUUUUCAUGGGUCACUCCCACGGCCUGUCUAUUAUCUGCACCUCAUCCCUCAUCUGUAUCUCAGCAUGGGAGGACGACAGCAUGGAAAUCACCUCCCUUCAAAGCACCUGCCUUGCAGAGAUGACAUAUCUCCUGGCUACUGUGGAUGACAUGGGUGUUUCUAGACUGUUUGCCUACUGCCCAGACUCUAUCUACCUGAUCAAAAUCAUCAAUGAAACAGAUGAUAUAAGCCAAAGGAAAAUCUGCAAAAAAUUAGAACUGUCCAAAGGGGGGGACAAUGGCGCAGCUGUCAUGGAAUGCAAUGGUACGUCUUGGCUUGAGGUUUAUCGCUUUCCCAAAGAAUCCUGGCUGAAAGAGUUAGAGGUCAUGGGAGCAACUUCACAAAAACAGGUGCCACAUUGCCCUGGAGCAGCUGAUGCUAAAUUUUCUCCUAUAGGAGUCAUUUUGAAAAUAAAGCAACCCAAAGCCCUCUCAGGCACAUCUUUGAAAAGUCCAUUUGAAGUGUUACAGAGGACUGAGAAUGGCAACAUGAUUGGUUUGGGCCAAAAUCACAUGAUAACCAGCCACCAAUGGGAGGAUCAGGAUGCUGUGUUCAAGUCUGUGUACAAAAAAUAUCUCGGUGAAAACACCUACAAAACCAAGGAAGCUGAGGAACGACCAAGCCAGUGCAACUUUCACCUACUUCUGCCUGGAGGAUUGGCCCCAUUUCUUGGUGAAACCAAGUCUCCGCCUGGUGUACCUGUUGCUAUCUGUCUUUGGUGGAGUGGCAGUCAUAAUCUUUUACAAUACGCACUGUCAAAAACAGCUAAAGACAAACCAGAUGCUGAGCCAAAGCUAGAGUUUGUGUGGCCGAAUGCGCAUCACAUCCUCUGCUCAGCCACCAGCAGAUGCACUAAAUACAUUGCACUUGGUCUUGCCGAUGGCUUGGUGACAAUAUGGGACCGGCACUUAGGGAUCCCAUGGUCAGUUCUUGCCCUUUCUGCCGACAGUGUUUUCAACAGGAUACUGUUCCUGGAUCAGUCCCUGGGCCUCAAGAACACGUCCAUGUGCCAGGAUCCUUUUCAUCCCAAAAUGAAUAUAUUGGUGACCUGCAAAAAUGGAACAUGUCAUUUAAUUACAGCUGGGAGAGGGCGGAAUUCUCACGUUACAAAACUAGCAGAAAGUUCUACUGAUCAUGGGACCCUCCCCACUGUGGUCCUGUCUCUGCGCUUUUUGCUGAAGUUGGUUCUUUUCAUGUACCGGAAUGGCAGCGUAGUCCUCAGAGAUGUAACUGAUGGGACAGAUGUGUGUGGUUUGGCGCUGCCAGCCUCACACUUCCUGGGUACUCCCUGGAACCCGGUGUUUGAGCUGGAUCCCAUACAUCAGACUCUGUUUGUCCGAGGAGACAGGACGACAUGUCCUGAUGAAACCCCAGGGAGAGACGACGCUGGCAGCUCGCUCUUUGUUUUUGCUUUCCGUGAGUUUUCGGUAAUGGAGCGCUACAGAGAGGCUCUUCCUGGAAGCAUGGCCAGGAGGGGUUGCAGUCUGGAGGAGACCUGCAAUCUCUAUUUGCAGGAAAGAGCGGCGUCUCUGGAGGACCGGAACAAAGCAAUGGAAGAGAGCUGGAGGCGUCUCCAGGAGAGCAGUGCGUGGGUUCCACUGAGCAGCGCGAAACCAGCGAGGAGCACAGCCAGCCACAGGCCUCAGAUCCAGGGAUGACAGACCAAGGCAGAAGAGUAUAACAUCAAUGUAAGAAUAAUCAAUGUGACAGUUGUUUUGUGUUGCUACAAUACCACGCAGGUAACACAGGGUAUAUCCUGUUCUGUCAGCCUUUACUGGCAUGUCCCUUCCUUGUGUAUUUAAAAGGAUUUGAACUUGUUUGCUGCUCAUGGACUUUGAUUAGAACGCUACCCCUACUCAUUAUUUCCUCAUAAACACAAACCCGUUCCUGUAAGUAAGGGCAGUGAAAAACUGCCAAGUUGCUAUGGUUACUGUUUGAUAUACAUAUAAUAUUCUCUCAUUACCUGCAGCAUUUCUUUCAGCGUCUGCAAGAUGACAUGUCACAGAUUUACAUAAUAAAUAUGGCAUUACCUGUGACAACGCUGGAGCAUGAAGUUAUUUCAGAAAAUGGACAUUUUGAAAUAUGUUGACAAUGAAUUAUGAGUCAAGACUCAUGCCUGAUAUCUAAUUUGAUGUUUUUCUAUACACUGUUGUUGUUUGUUUGCUUGUUUUAAAACUUAAUUUGGAAGUGAAGUGCACACACUUAUAUUGGUAAUAUCCAUUGGAUUAUGGUGUUUUGAGUGAAGAUGGAGACAAUAGUAAUGUGCUUGGAAUAAUAGACUGAAGACUGACUUUUAAGUUGCCAAAAAAAGCAAUUAAAAGCAAGAAGAAUACAUAUGUUAAUGUGACUUGAACUGUGCCUUUUUGUUGCCAUUCUCAACAUUAUUUUUCUUUAAAAAAAAAGUAGCAUAGCCAUCAUAAACAUCACUAGAAAAUAUAAUGAAAACUGUAACAACAAAACACCAAAGAGAAGCUAAAAUCCACUGGCCUUCUGUGUCUUGGAGAUACGUGCAAAGCUUCCUGCACACUAAAAGAACUGUAUUUCCUUCUUGUUCUUGUGUCUCAUUGACGAGCACAUCCUCCACUCUAUAUGAGAUGUGGUGAUGGCUUGGUUGUUAUGGAGAUAGAGCUGGUUCUUCCUGCAGGAAAGGCAGCUGUAGUAUUGCCGAGGCCAUUGUUUUUAGAAAGAUAGUAAUCAAUAAUUGUAAUAAUGUACAGUAUAUUACAUAACAGAAAUGAUUGUUUUUGAAGUAGCCCAAGAUUGGAUCAACAUCAUGUCAAGCUGUGAGUGUUAAGUUAAUUCUUUACUUUUUAAACACACUGAGGCCUGUUUUCCCUUUGUUCUGCCCCUUCAUUUACUGUGUAUAAUGAGAAGAGGUCUUUUUAUUGUUAUUGUUUUCA